ACAAAAAUUCAAAAAGUUUUUGCACCAAUUGUUUGCAAAUAAAUAUAAGACAUAACAGAAACUAUCGAUAUACAGAAGCGAUUGCCAUUCAUCGUGGCCGUGGAUUGGACCGAUUGCGGUGCGUGGUCACACUGUUUAUGCUUGCAUUUGUCUGUGGAAAUUUCAUUUCACAAAACCGAGAUUGUUAAAUUAAACAAAUUAAAAAGUUUUCGACCGGAAUACAAUAGCAGCAAUAUGCUGCAGUUAAAUAUAAUUUAUAUAUAACACGCUGACAUAAACGUAUAAGCCGCCAUUCGAUGCCCAACCUAUAAACAAUCGCGCCCUCUCGCCACAAAACCACCCAUUCUACACAAACCACACACUCGACGCACAGCCCCGGAAGAGGAAGAAAAAGGCAGCAGGAGCAGGACGAGGAGUAGUAGGAGGAGCACCACCACCACCAACUCAUCGCCCAGUGGUGGCCACCUGCUGCUCCAGAAGCUCCAGGAACAACUGCCGCGAUGAAGGUGGACACGGUGAAGCUAAAGAAGGGCUCCUCGGAGCUGACGGCCGAGUGCCGCGAGCUCAUCGACGAGCUGACCAAGCGGCGCACCCGGGCCGAACUCCUCGAGUUCCUCGACACCGUCCACGUCUGGAUCUACGGGAAGUGCGAGCUGUAUCACUGGAUCGAGAUCCUCGACCGGUUCGACAAAAUCCUCGAGGAGGCCUCGCGUCAUGUCAACGCCAACGAGUUCGUGCUGCAGUGCGACACCAACUUCCAGGAAACGGUAAGAACAACGGAUGUCACACUGCUGCUGCACGUACUUAAUUUUACCACACUGCUGAUCGAGCACUCGUUCUCGCGUCACUUGUACAAUUCCAUCGAACACUUGACGGUGCUGCUCUCCUCCCAGAACAUGGACAUUGUCCUGGCCGUCCUCAAUCUGCUCUACAUGUUCUCCAAGCGCAGCAACUUCAUACCCCGCCUGCCGUUCGAAAAGAAGGAGCUUCUGAUCAUCAAGCUCUUCAACAUAGCAGAGCGCUGGGGUGAUCCCAACUACGGCCUGUCGCUCAAGGACUGCUGCAUUGGCGAGCCAAAGCUGGAAUUCCUCUACCAGCUAUGCAUCGACUAUGUGGACGAGCACGGUCACGCCGCCCAGCUGGAAAUUCCGGACAUGAUGGACCUCUGCCACACGGCAUCAGCUCCAGAGGUGAUCAAGACGAUUGCCGGACAGAUCUCAAAGCCCAGUGAGGCAAUCAAGAUGCGCAUUGCUCACCGGGUGCGCUUGAUAUCAGGCUUCAAUAACUACAAACUGCGUCUCCAGUUCGUCCAGGCGCGCCUUCAGGCCGUCUCCAUUCUGAUCUACUCCAAUGCCCUGCAGGACAACACGGACAAGGUGUUGUACGCCGGCUUCGGCGAGGAGCUGUGCGAGCUCAUCGACAAGGAGGACGUGCACCUGGUGGAGAUACGGGCGGCAGUGCUGCGCACACUAACCUCGAUGCUGCACUUUGACCGCAACCCGAAUGUGCCAAGCAGGGCCGGGUCGCGUCUGAUGAAGAUCGUCCACUACACAGGUGCCGAGCGGCAGGGCGGCACGUUGCCACUGCUCGUCCGCGACUGCAUCGAUAAUCUGACCACACACGGACUCACCGAGCGCUACCCGCUCAUCCUGGCCACCUCGCUCUUCUCGCUGCUGUACCACCUGGCCAGCUACGAGAUGGGCGGCUCCGCUCUGGUCAAGAGCGGCAUGAUGCAGUCGCUGCUGUGCGUCAUCAGCUGGCCGGGAGUCGACCUCGAGCACAUCACGUUCGUGACGCGGGCAGUGCGAGUAAUUGACCUGAUCACCAACAUAGACAUUGCCCGAUUCCAUCAGAACAAUGGACUCAACGUGUUCAUCGACCGCCUGGAGAAGGAGAUCAAGAGCUGUUGCAAGGCGUUGGCCGAUAUCGGCAUCACGCUGAAAGAGUCCACGCUGCGGGACGACCACAAGCUGGACACCUCGCUGGACCAAGUUGACGAGGAUGUGGAAGAUGGAGCUGGAGAGAACGCCUCCGUGGCCAGUGGAAGCGGAUCGCCGCGUCGCGAGAACUCUAGUGAUGGCGUCAGCGGCGCCGGCAGUAGCGCCUACAGAGCUUACCACGAGCUAAGUGGCGGAGGAGGCGGAGGAUCGGGCUCAGGAGCGGGACUCCUGGACAUUGGUGGAGCACGCAGCCUGGCAGCCGGCGGCGGAGGAAGUAUUGGAGCAGCUGCUGGCGCAUCCGGACCGAUCAUAGGACUAUUCAACAGAGAUGGAAGCGCCAUCCAACUGCCAACCAUCAUGUAUCCCACCAACAGCUACUACGCCCGUCCGCUGGCCGAGCGCAAGGCGGAGCUAUCGUCGCAGCUGCCGAGCAGCCUGGCGCCGAAGAAGCCCUCCUGCGUCACCCAGCGGGCGGCCCUGCUCAAAUCGAUGUUGAACUUCCUGAAGAAGAGCAUCCAGGACCAUGCCCACUUCAGCAACAUGCGCAACAUCAUGGAGACGAGCCUCACGCAGUCGCUGCGCCACAUCAUCGCCAAUGCGGAGUACUACGGCCCGUCGCUGUUCCUGCUGGCCACCGAUGUGGUCACCGUGUACGUCUUCAACGAGCCGUCGCUGCUCUCCUCGCUGCAGGAUCUGGGCAUCACCAGUGUGAUGCUGAAGGCGCUGCUGCAGAAGGAUGUGCCGGCGACGCGGGAAGUGCUGGGCUCGCUGCCCAACGUGUUCUCCGCCCUGUGCUUGAACGAGCGCGGACUGUUCGAGUUUCUCUCCUACGAUCCGUUCGACAAGGUGCUGAAGGUGCUGCUCUCGCCGGACUACCUGGUGGCCAUGCGGCGGCGCCGCUCCUCGGAUCCGCUGGGCGACACGGCCACCAAUCUGGGCAAUGCCAUGGACGACCUGAUCAAGCAUCAUCCGUACUUGCGGGCCGUUGCCACCGAGGCUAUCGUCCGGCUGCUGAAUGAGUUGGUUCGCCUGGGCUCCGAUCCCAGCUUCAUUUGCUGGCGGGCCAACAAGGAGAGCAGUGGCUCUGGCUCCGGUUCCGGCAGCCAUGGCGGUGCCCACGGUCACGUGGCGUCCACACCCUCGCCCAUGGUCAUGGUGGCCGGCUCAGGCGGAUCGGCUUCGGUGCUGCAGGGCGCAGCGGACACGAACGACAGCAGCGGCGAUGACGACGACGACGAUGACGAGAUGAGCUCGGCCUCGCAGCAACAGCAGCAACCGACGACUCCCGGCGGAGCCACCACGCCCAGGACACAAACGGCAGGCGCUGCAGGAGCACCAGCAGCCACAUCGCAUGCCGCCAAAGUGGUGACGCCACCGGAACGCGAGGCCAUACCACUCAUCGACUACAUCCUGAACGUGAUGAAGUUCAUCGAGGCGAUAUUCAGCAACAGUCCGAACGGCGACCACUGCCGCGAGUUUGUGCUGCACGGCGGGCUGAAGCCCAUCCUGCAGCUGCUGUCGCUGCCCAACCUGCCGGUGGACUCGCCGGUGUCCACCACCUCGCAGGCGGUGGCCAAUGUGUGCAAGGCCAUACUCAGCCAGGCGCAGGAGACCAAGGUUCUGGACGUGGCGCUCAAGCAGCUGGCCGACAUUGUGGCCCAGCUGAAGCCGCUGAUCAAGCACUUCACCUUUCCCGGCGGCAGUGUCCUGCUGGCGGAGCUCGUCUGCUGCCAGCGACUGGAGGAUGGCUUCGCCAACGCCGAGUACACGCCCAUACUGCACAACAUGAGCUUCGUGCACGGGUAUGUGGUGAUGCUGGUGCAUCUCUGCCGCAACUCCUCCAACGACAUGCGGGCCAUACUGCUCAAGCGCUGGGGCGUGAAUCGCGAGACCGGCGUCCAGCUGCUGCAGCAGCUCGUCCAGCUGUACAUCUCGCUGGUGUGGGAGAGCACUAUCCUGCUGAACCUGUGCUCGGACGAGCCCACCCAGCAUCCGGACUUGAUCUGGGACGAGAUUGCAGCCCAGAUGUCGGCGGCGGCGGGCACCGCUGAUCCCCUCACCGAGGCGGAGCUCUCGCGGAAGUUGGAGCGCGCGGCCGAGUUCCGGACCAAGUACACGCCCGAGGAGCAGUUCCGCUACAUUAAAUCCCUGCUGGCGGCCAGCUCGCGGCUGGGCAGAGCGCUGGCCGAGCUGCUGGGCACAUUGGUGAAGCUAUCGGUGGGAUCGCCGCAGACGCGGCAGCGUCGCAUCAACGAUCUGAUCAGUAAUAUCAACAAAGUUCCUACGCCAGAGGCGCGCGAAAUAGCCCGCAUCCUCAGCUCGAUCCUGGUGAACGGCUUUAGUCACGAGAGCAUCCUGCCCAAGCCGGUGCCGAAGCUGAAGCUGACCUUCCUCAUCUGCUCGGUGGGCUUCACCGGUCCCAUGCUGUUCGACGACAAGCGCAGCGCCUUCCACCUGAUGAUUUCGCAGUUCUGCGCGGAGAACGGCCUGAAGGCCUUCUUCGAGAUGUUCUAUUGGGCUCUGUCGCUGGACAACGUGUCGCAGAAGUUCGACUUCGACCAGUGGGCCUCGAUGGAGGACCUGAUGCAGGCGCACGAGGACGACAAGCGCGACUGUCCGGAGGGCACGGGCGAGUUCCUCGACGCCUGGCUGCAGCUGCUCGAGAAGAUGGUGAAUCCGCGCGCCAUGCUAGAAUCGCCCUACACGAUGAGUCCGCGCCUCAACUACCUGCCCGAUUCGGUGCCGUUCGAGCCGGUCUUCUACCUAAUCCACAUCCACCAGCUGGCCAUGCAGGCACUGCGCCGCAUCUGGGCCCGACGCCCCAUCCCGAACUACGGGCCCAGCAUGUUCGAGACCAUGAUCCUCAUACUCAAGCAUUUGAUCAAGUCGCACCAGACGCUGCUGGAUCGCUACCACACGCGCAUGAAGGAGAUCAAGUUCGAGAACCUGUACAUCCGCAGCACGGACGACGGCCUUAAUGCCGAUCACAUCAAGACGCUCACGGACAUGGGCUUCAUGCACUACCACGUGAUCGAGGCACUGCGCACCAAUGCCUCGCUGGAGGAGGCCACCGACUAUCUGCUGAACAAUCCGGAAGCCAGUGCCCUGUCCACAACGACGCCGGCUGGUGGCCCAUCGGGGGCAUCGGCUGCUCCGCCGCCGCCGCUACCGCCAUCGGCCUCCACCAUGGACAUUGACAUGGAUCUGCCCGCCGACGGUGGGGAGUCGACGCAAAGCAAGUCCUCCGCUUCGGCCAGUUCCAGCUAUGACUACAAGCACCUGAAGCUGAUGCCCUCGCUGAUCUUUGACCGCUUCUGCGACGAGGCCAUCUCGCGGGCCUUCGAGUUCAUGGAGGCCAUACCGGACACGGUGACCAGUGCCGCCGACUUGAUAGCCGUUCUCUACCGACGCCACAAUCACCUGAACAAGCAGGUCUUCGUCACGAACUUUGUGCGCAACAUCAUCCAGUGGGUGGAUUUCACCCUGCAGCUCUUCGAGCCGGGCGCGGCCAAGUCGUCCACCGGAUCGAAGGCCUCCCGCUUGGAGGAGUGCCUGACCGGGAUGACGGCCACCCGUCUGUUUGUCCGCCUCAAGACCUCCACGCUGCUGCUCGAGGAGAACUACAGUGAUCUGCACCGGCCGCUGGUGGAGGCCAUCACCGCCCAGGAUGCCAUGGUGUCGCUGGUCAAGCUGCUCGACUGCAUGAGCCAGUGGAUGCUGGAGCAGUCGUCCAGUGAGCAGCAGCAGCAGCAGCGUGCGACAGUGCCGCGCUGGGUGCAGAAUCUGGUGGACCUGAUCGAUGCCAUCGACAGCAUUAGCCACAUACUGCAGCGCAAGGCCAACAUGCGGGCGGUGAGCAGCGAUGUGUGGCGCUGGUACGACGCCUCCACGGGCAAAUGGAAUGCUUACUCGGAGGCCAACAACGAGCUCAUCCGGAAUGCCUAUGCGGCCGGCGAGCGCUGGCUGCACAUCAACAUUGGGCGGCAGCGCUGCACCGUGAGCCUCAACUGCAUGACGCAGGUGAGCGAGGCGUCCGGCACACAUCGCCCCGUCUGUCCGGCCCUCAAGCUGAGCGAGGCCAUCACCUCGCUGAACAACCCGAUGGCCCUGCUCAAGGUGGAGCAUGUGCUGAAUCGCGUGGUGCGCACUUCGCCCGACGGCACCGGCACCGUGCAUUCCGAUGAGUUGAUUUCGCUGCGCCAGCUGAUCAACUUCACCGAUGCUGGCACACAACAGGCACAGCAGCAGCAGCAGGCACAGCAGCCGCUGCAGCCGGAGAGCUCCAACAAUGACGAGGGAGGAGGAGGAGGAGCAGCAGCAGCAGCAGCCGCAGCCAGCAGUGAGGAUCCAGGAGCCAGUGGCGGAUCCCCGCCAGCCGCCGCCAUGACCACGCGCAGCAAGUCGCGGCAGAAGAGUGCGGCCGCUGCAGCCGCCGCCAAGGUGAAGUCCAACAGCCAGCCAGGUGGCUCCGGCUCGCCGCCCAUACCCAAGCGCACCCAGAAGAUCAUCCUUAACGAGGAGCAGGUGGGCCUGAGCAAGUUCGACUGCGGCCGCAUCAUUGGCAGCAUUGUGGACCUGCUGCAGCCUUCCCACUUGAUGCUCAACGAGACGAAGCUGUCGCUGCUGCGACUGUGUGCGCGAUUGACGCGCAACUACGACAAUGCCCAGGUGUUCAUCCGACGCGGUGGCGUCCGCAUGCUGCUGCAUCUGCAGCAGGCCUGCAGCUUCAUGGGCUUCCCCACCUACGCCAACAUCAUUCUGCGCCACGUCCUGGAGGCACCGCCCGUCCUCCAGGAGGCCAUGGAGCGGGUGCUGGGCAUGCGUGCCGCCGGCAUCGUGCCCGUCAGCCAUCGCGAUCUCAUCUACGUGCUCACCCAGGUCUCGUCGGCGGUGUCGCGCAAUCCGCAGAUCUUCGUGGCCGCCGCCAAGGAGAUGUUGCGUGGCGAGUACUUGCUGAACACGACCAGCACCACGCUGGCCGAUGAUGCCCGCGUCAUGGUCAAGUCCAAGUUUGGCCAACAGCCCACGGCGGCGGCUGGCGGGGCCACGCCCCAUUCCCAGACCACCACGCCCGCGGCGGGGUCAGCGGCCAGCAAGGAGGACCUGCUCAAGGACGAUCCGCAGGUGCAGUCGUCGGUGGCCGUGCUCAAGGAUCUGCUGCACGGACUGGUGCAGCCGUGCUGGCACUACGGCGGCACCGGCUCCUCGGAUCGCGGACAGGGCGCUGCCGAGCUGCUGCAGCCGGAUCAGCCACCAGGAACGGCCCAGGGAUGCCACGACGAUGAGUUAUAUUUCCGCUUCCAGGAGACGCCCGCACCCGUGACCAGCAAGAAGCAAUCCUCGGGCGCAGCAGGCGGAGGCGGAGGAGCUGCUGGCCAAGCGCAGCCGACGGAGAAGUUCGAGCCGUGCUGCUGCACGUGGCACAUCCCGACCAGCGGGCACACCCACGCCAAGCCGACCAUCUCGCGGGCCACGCUGCUGAAGCUGCUGGCGGACUCGACCCGGGCCUACCAGUCGCUGGUCCCGCGCGUCCUGCUGUCCCACGUUUACACGCCGGCGGACAGUCCCCUGAUCUCGGCACCGCAGCAGACGUUCCUGGGCGUGCUGCUCGACCGCUUCCUGCCCAUCACGCAGCGGCACCAUGUCCCCGAGGUGAGCACCAUGACCCGGGUGCUGGUCUGCUCGCUGUCGGACUGCUACCAGCAGCCCGGCGUGCAGGUGCACGUGGCCGAGGAGCUGCACGCGGCGGUGGCCAGGGCGCUGGCCCAGCCCGACUCCGCCGAGAAGCACACGCGGCUGCAGGUGCUGAUGAGCCUGUUCCCCAACCUCAUCGAGUCGCCGAUGCUGUACGACAAGGUGCACAUGCACCGCAACAACAUGUACCGCGUGCUGUUGCGCCAGGGCGUGAUGACCUACCUGACCAAGGUGGCCCAGUACAAGGAUCUGUCCAACCACAACACGCUCAGCACGCUGGCGGCCAUUCUGCGUCCCAUGGAGAUCCUGUUGCGCUUCAGUGUGUCCACCACAACGCUCGGCUCGAAGCGCAUCCUCUUUGGCGGCGUGGGCGCCGGCGGAGGAGGAGCCAAUGGCGCUGGCAAUGGCAGCGGUGUUGCCGGCGGAGGCAGCGGCACCGGACCCGGGUCGGGCAACACCUACGGCACCAUCAUCAACCGGCGCCUGUAUCCCCGCUUGGCCGCACGCACCGCCGUCAGUGCCGCUGUGGAGCGCUCCAAUUCGAUGGGCGGCGAGCACGUGCUGCGCGACAUCAUCCGCAAUGUGCUGUCCGAUCGGCGGCACGCCUUCGAGUUCAUCUUCAACUCGGACGAGAUGGCCGUGGACUCGGAGGACUCGACGGCCCCCGGAGGCGGAGUGGGUGGAUUGGGUGGUUCUGGAGCGGUCGUUCUCGGAAGCGGCGCAGGAGGAGUCUUGUCGGGAUCGGGAUCCGGAUCGGGAGCAGGUGGCGGCACCGGAGCAGCCGUUAUCGACGUGGUCGAGGAACGGAGCAAUGGCGGCGACACCAACGAUCCGCCCGCCACGGUCAGCUCGGGCUCGUCGGCAGCUGGCCAAUCCUCGGCCAGCGGCGGAGGACCGGUGCGACCAGUGCUCAACUUCGACCAGCUGUGGGACGACUUCCUGCAGAGCGAGGGUCUGCGCCUGGCCUCGCGCAGUGGCGCUGGUGCCGGAUCGGGCAGUGGAGCCGCCGGCAGCGGCUCAACUGGAGCCCAGAACGGCAGCAUUGCCUCGGCCAGUUCCGCCAACUCGGGAAACAAUUCCGCUGGCGGAGAUCCCCGCCUGCGCACCCUCAAUCCCGACGUGGAUGUGGGCGGUGCUAGUGGAAACGGCGGCAGCGUGGGCGGCGGCAGCGGCGGAUCCAACGCAGGCGUCGUCAAUGACAAUGGAAUCGGAGGCGGCGGGGGCAGUGAUGGCGCAUCCACCUCCUCGGACACUGGAGCUCGGGGUGGCGCCCGCGACAUGAACCCCUCGCUGCUGGGCGAGGUGAGCACCUCCGACUCGGACUCGGACGCCUCCACGGAGAACGACGAGCGGAACGAGGAGGACGAGGACGAGGAUGACGACGCCCCCGACGAGGAUGUGGACGAGCACAGCGAGACGGACGUGGACGAGGAGCGACCGCGCCAGUUUAUCGAGGUCUUCGAUCACAUCUACGAGCCGGAAUCCUCGGAGACGGCCUCCAACGAUGCGGACGUGGACAACGACGACGACGAUGACGAGGAUGAGGACGAUGUGGACGACGACGACGAUGACGACGAGGACAACGACGACGAGGAUCGCGAGGAGAGGGAGAGCGUCAUGGAUGCGGAGCUGGACCACCAGAUUGACAUAGCCAUUGCCCUCGUCUCGUCCAACAAUCGUCCGCGACGCAGUGCAGCGGUGAAUGCCUCUGGCGAUAACCAGAUCGCCAAUCGCCCCAAUCCCGAUGUGGACGAGGUGGACGACGAGGAGGACGACGACGUGGACGACGGUGAUCCCGACAACGAUCCCGAUGUGGAUCCCAUUGGAGGACCCUCGGCCGCCCAGGCGGAGGCCUAUCUGUACGAGCGACUGGGCAGCGGUCUGAUGCCCACCCCGCCGGUGGGCUUCCGCGUCCGCAUGAACAGCUCCAUUGCCCAGCCGCUGGACAUCGAUGUGAACGGUGGCAGCGGCAGCAGCGCGGGCAUCUCUGGAUCGACUGCGGGCGGUGCCAGCGGCAGAGGUUCGUCCACGGGCGGCACUACGGCCAGCAUCGGAGCCAUUGCCUCCGCCGCCCUGCGUCCCUCGUCCGGCUCCUGGAUGGCCCCGGACUUCAACUUCAUUGGCGUGUCCGGCGGCGGAGCCAGUGGAGGUGGUGCCUCCGGCAGCGGUGCAUCGGCUGGCAAUGCCAAUGGGGGCGAGGUGAACGCCUUCCUCACGCCCUCCAUGUCGCAGCUGGAGCGGACUGGCGGCGGUGGUGCCGCUGGCGGUGGUGGCCAGAAUAUGAGCAAUCUCCUGGACGAGCAGCCAUCGGUGACAGGCGGCGGCGGCGUCGGUGGCGGAGUAUCUGCCUCUGGAGGCGGCGGCGGAGUCACCGCCGGCGGUGCCAGCGGUAACGCCACAGGACAGCAUCCGAACGCCACGCUCUGCACGAACGGCGUGCGCCGGCGGUUGCUCUAUCUGGACCAGCAGUACUGUGUGUGCAUGCCCACGCAUCAGAAUCCCACGGAGGAGACUCAGAUGGAGACCUUCACCCAGGAUGCUCUUCACUGGUGGCUGGAGGAGGCCACGCUUCUUGACAUGGAAAGCCAGACUGAUGCCUGCCUGUAUGCCGCCCACUUCCUGCUGCCGCAUCUCAUCAAGGAGCUGAAGACGGCGCACCAGCAGCGCAAGCAGGAGGAAGCCGCCCGUCAGACGACGACGGCCAGCACAACAGCAGCGGCACCGCCUGGAGCGACUACGUCCGCCAACUCAACGGCGGUGGCCACAGCGGCGCCCACAGCAACAGCCUCGAUUGCCUCCAGUCUGCUGGCCAAUGCGGCAGCGGGAGGCAGCGGUGUGGUGGUGCCACCGGUGGCCGCCUCUGCCACGGGAGGCACCCGACGCAGCUCGAUUCCCGUGCUGAUCCCCUCAAGCUUUGGUGCCACCAGCAGUUUGACCAGUGCAUCUGGCGAGACUGCGGCCACAACUGGCGCAACCACUAGCCCGUACAUACCCACAACCACGCCCCUAAGCGGCAGUGGUGGAUCCCUGGAGACGACGCAGACGACCACGACUCGUGCGCCCCGCCAACGCGGCGGAUUGCGCCAGCACAGUCAGCUGCCCUUCAACAUCUACGCCGAGAUAGACCUGACCAACGAGCAAGAUAGCCAGGGUGCCACCUCCACCAACAACUCGGCAGCAGCAGCUCCAGCCGAUGGAGCAGACCCGCAGUCACAGUCUCAGCAGAACUCCUCCUCGUCCUCUUCGGCACCGCCAUCGGCAUCGUCGUCGGCACCGCAGGUGGCAGUGCUCCAUCAUCAGCGACAUCCGCCAGUGCCACUCCUGCCGUCCAGCGGAAGACCAUCGCGUCCCCACUCGCGACUGGAUGAGGCGGAGCUGCUACUCUUGCAGUUGGCCGAUCGCCAGGCUGCACGCAGUCGCUUGCAAGUGUCCAGCGGACACACGAACUCCUCGCGCACCUCGGGAUCGGCGCUGAUCAAUGCCCGGCCCAAUCGCGACCUACCCGCCCGUCUGCAGCGUCUUGUCCAGGCCCACAGCUCCAUUUCCGGCCGUAGCAGUGCCGCCUCCGCCGGAUCCACGCCAGCACCCACGCUGGUUUCCAUGCCGACGCCCAUUUCCAGUGCAAAUCUGGAGCAGCUAAAUGUCAGCGCACCGGAUGUUGCGGGCUUUGCCCUGCCGCCUUCUCUGGAGGUGGAUGUGGACGUGCUGCCCGGCAUUCUGGACAUGCCGCCGCAGCUGUCGCCACCGCUGCCGCCACAUCCCGGUGACACGGAGCCGGUGGUCCUUACCGAGGACGAUUUCUGGCCCGGCACUGUGUUCCCAACGGUGUUCCCCACAGAGUCACCUGCUACAGCGGCACCAGCAGCAGGAAACACAGAGGCUGCCAACGAGUCAAACCCACAAGCGGGUCCAAUCGCUGAAAGCAGCCGCGAAGCUGGUCCGCCAAUUCCACAGGCUCCGGCCGCAACUGAGCCAACGCCAGUGGAGUCUGGUGGGGCAGGAGCUGCCUCGGCCAGUACACAGACCCCGGCAUCAGCAGAAGAUGCUGCCACAGCAUCUGGUGGAGGUGGUGGAGCAGUAGCAGCAGCAGCUGGCGCAACAGCCACCAUAACCGACAUGAGUCCCGAGGUGCGUGCCGCUCUCGGCGAUCUGGAGGUGCCCGAGGGCGUGGAUCCCUCUUUCCUGGCCGCCCUGCCCAGCGAUAUGCGCGAGGAAGUCAUCCAGGAGCACCUGCGCAUGCAGCGCAUCCGCCAGCGGGCGCAGCAGAAUGCCAUUCAAAUAGCCCACGACUCGCUGGUCGAGGUCAAUCCGGAGUUCCUGGCCGCUCUGCCUCUGAACAUCCAGUCGGAGGUGCUCAUGCAGCAGCGCAUCGAGCAGCAGCGCCAGGCAGCACAGACCGCCAAUCCGGAGGAUCCCGUGGACACGGCCGCCUUCUUCCAGAACCUGCCCGAGAAUUUGCGCCAAGCGAUACUCACCGACAUGGAGGAGUCGCAGAUAGCCAGUUUGCCGCCCGAGUUGGCUGCCGAGGCGCAGUUCCUGCGUCGCGACUGGGAAUCGCGCAAUGGCGCCCGCAUGGACGCUCAUCCGCCCAGCAAUGCUUUAUCCCGUUUCCAGACCACGCUGCAAAGCCUGGACGAGGCGCGCUGGCACAGCUCCAUUUGGUACGAUGCCAGUGGCAAUGCCCAGCCGCAGCAUCACCAGCACCACCAGCACACCACGAUCGUGCACCACCACGCGCACGCACAUCACGCCCCCACCAUGGGCAAGCCACUGGCGCUCCUGAUGAUGGAGGACGAGAACAUUCUGCUCGAUCCGGACUCGCUGGCCACCCUGCUGCUCUUCCUGUUCGUCGAGGACCAGAAGGUGAACAGCAUGCGGCUGCAUCGCGUCAUCCGCAACCUGUGCCACCACGAACCGACGCGCGACUGGAUCAUCAGCGCCCUGAUCAGCAUCGUGCAGAAGACGAACGAGGACAAUGCCAACUUUGGGGCUGGCCAGGCGGGCGGCAAGCCGGAGUGGCUGAAGCUGCGCGUGGACGCGGCCUUCGGGUACAAGAGCAACAUCUUCCUGAUCAAUCGGCUGUACGAGGGUAGUGCCCGGAGCAUCAGCAUCAAUCCGCAGGCGGCGCAGAUGAUAGUGCGCAACUGUCUGGAUCUGCUGUUCGUGCUGGCCAAGCACUAUCCGUCCAGCUUUGUUCCCUACAAUCGCGAGGUGAAGGCCCGCCGCCUCUUGAGUGCAGUCUUUGGCAUGCCCUCGCCCACGGCUGGCGGCGCAGGAGCACCGGGAGUUGGAGGAGCGGGAGGAGCGGCUGGCGGAGCAGUGGCAGGACGCCUGGCGGCCGAUGAUGUACCGCCGGGUGGCACGCUGGACUUCCGUUCACGUUUCUGCCGCUACCAGGUGGCCAAUCGGCUUCGUGGCAUACUGGACGAUCACCCAGCACCAGCGCCAGCACCGCCGAAGCCCUCAACGCCUCUGGAUGAGGCGCCCUCCACGUCGAAGGCGGCGGCAGCCAAGGCAGCGGCCAGCGCCAAGGUGUCCGCUCCUGGCAGCAUGGCCCAGCACUCGGUGCCGUACCAGACGAAUGCCAAGAACUUCUGGGACGUGGUGCUGAACAUCGACCGGCAGACGCAGGUGCGCCUGGCCCAUGUGGACCAGUUUCCGCUCACCUCGCAGCCAGCGUGGGAGUGGCAGUCCAACACGGCCGACUUCCUCUCGUUCAGCGAAUCGCCCUUUGGCCAGCUGCUCGAGAUGCUGCCCUACAAGGUGAUCUGCCGGUCGCCCCAUCUCACGGACAUGCUGGUCAAGCUGCUGGCCUCGCUCAGCACCGAGCUGCCCAAGGAGGAGGAGCAGUUGCCGCUCAGCGAUCAAAUGCCCGCCCUCAUACCCAUACCAGGAGCAGGAGCAGGAACGACGGCAUCUGCAUCUGCCUCGGCAUCUGCCUCGGCGGAAAGCUCGCAGGCCAGUGCCAGCGAGAUUGGUGACGGAAACACGGCCAACAGUGAGGAGCAGGCCGCUCCGGCCAGCGGUAACCCGGCAUCCGGCGAUGGAAAUGCCAGCACGGUGAAGCGCACCCAGCUGCCCACCCUGAGUGUGGCCCUGCCGGUGGCACCGUCGAAGCCACGCCGCAAGAUCUACGCCAAGAACUUUUCGCAGCUGCAGCUGGUCAUCGAGGUGCUGACGCACCAGUGCGGCACCACCGAGGGCCUGGACAAUGUGGCCAAGCUGAUUGUCAACCUGACGCAGUGCUCGCAGGCAUCGAACGCGAUUUUCAUCCAAUACUUGACCGCCGCCAUUCUGGGCCUGGCCGAGGAGGUGCGUCAGGCCAUCCAGAUGCUGCUCAACGAGAUUCGCAUGUACAACAUACACCACGGUGUGACCGGCAGCAUCUCGCAGUCUGCCUCCACUUCUGGAGCGGCUGCAGCGGCGGCUGCAGCGGCAGUAGCCGGAGUAGUACCGACUGUGUCGGGAGCCAGUCUGCUGCCCAACUUGGCCGUCCACGAGGGCAUCAUGCAGGAUCGCUUCACCGCGGAGCAUGUGAUCAUCUCGGCGCCGAAAAAUGCCAAACCCACGUGCGAGCUGCAGCUGCCGUCGAUGAAGAAGCUCAUGUCCAACUCCUCCGCCCAGCCGUACUUCCUGCGCACCCUGAAGAUCUUCAUGCAGGUGCGUGAUAUGUACGAGGCGCAGAACGGUUUGCCCGGCGGAGGCGGUGGCGGUGGUGGACUGGCCAGCGGUGCUGCUGGCGACAACGACGACGACAACGACAACGACAUCAUCGACAUUGUGGGCGAUGGCGGGGCCUCGGGUGGCAGCAGUUCGGACAUGGUUCCCGGAUCGGCCAGCACCAUAUCGCCUCCGCCGCCCAUGGAAACCAAUCAAACGGCGAUGCACGACGACGACGAUGAUGCAGAUGGCGAUGGUGACGAGGACGAGGAUGAUGACGAUGAUGAGGACGAGGCAAGAGCCUCCCCGGGAGUCGGCCACGCGGCAGCUGCGACCGCUGGCGGUGGCAAGUCCAACAAGCCCACACUCAGUCAGAUCCUCUGCCUGGACGUGCUGUGGUACACGCUCAGCGAGUGUCUGGUGGCGCUGGAGGAGUCCAAGGACGAGUUCGCCGUCCUGGUGCUGCAGCCCACCGUGGAGGCCUUCUUCCUCAUCCACGCCUCGCAUCGCGGGGCCGCCAAGAAGUCGGCUCGCAAUUCCCUGGCCGGAGUUGUGGGCUCCGCACUGCGAGCAGCCGGCGGAUUUGGUGCCCCAUCAGCGUCGUCUGCGGCCCAGGAGCACAGUCCGUCGAUGGACGAUACGAGCAGCGCCAACACCCUCAGUUCGGCCAGUUUCGAAGAUGAGCCGCGGAUGCAGGAUGCCUCCACAAACACGCCGCUGGCGGCUAGCAGCUCUGCCGGCACAGCGCUGAGCGCUCACGAGGCGCAGCUGAGGCAGGACCGCCAGAAGUUCCUCCAGUUCGCCGAGAAGCACCGCACCGUGCUCAACCAGAUCCUGCGCCAGUCGCCCACUCACCUGUCGGAUGGUCCCUUUGCCGUGCUGGUGGACCACACGCGCAUCCUGGACUUUGACGUCAAGCGCAAGUACUUCCAGACGGAGCUGGAGCGCCUGGACGAGGGCAUCCGGCGCGAGGAGCACACGGUCAGUGUGCGUCGCGUGACCGUCUUCGAGGACUCGUUCCGCGUCCUGUACCGCCUGGGACCGGAGGAGUGGAAGAACCGCUUCUACAUCGUCUUCGAGGAUGAGGAGGGCCAGGAUGCUGGCGGCCUGUUGCGCGAAUGGUAUGUGAUCAUCUCGCGCGAGAUCUUCAAUCCGAUGUAUGCCUUGUUCUGCGUGUCGCCGGGCGAUCGCGUCACCUACAUGAUCAAUCCCUCCAGCCAUGCCAAUCCGAAUCACUUAAGCUACUUUAAGUUCGUCGGCCGCGUAAUAGCCAAGGCUGUGCACGACAACAAGCUGCUGGAGUGCUACUUCACCCGAUCCUUCUACAAGCACAUCCUGGGCAAGCAGGUGAAGCACACGGACAUGGAGUCGCAGGACUACGAGUUCUACAAGGGCCUCGACUAUCUCAUGAAGAACGACAUCUCCACACUGGGCUACGAGCUGACCUUCUCCACCGAGGUGCAGGAGUUCGGUGUCACCCAGAUCCGUGAUCUCAAGCCAAACGGACGCGACACCGCCGUCACCGAGGAGAACAAGUUCGAGUAUGUGCAGCUGGUGUGCCAGCUAAAGAUGAGCGGCUCCAUCCGACAGCAAUUGGACGCAUUCCUCGAGGGCUUCUACGACAUUAUUCCAAAGCAUUUAAUUUCGAUAUUCAACGAACAGGAACUGGAGCUUCUCAUAUCCGGCCUGCCGGAUAUUGACAUUGAAGAUCUAAAGGCGAACACCGAGUACCACAAGUACACCUCCAAAUCGGCCCAGAUUCAAUGGUUCUGGCGUGCAUUGCGCAGCUUUGACCAAGCGGACCGGGCCAAGUUCCUGCAGUUCGUCACUGGAACCUCGAAGGUGCCGCUGCAGGGCUUCGGCUCCCUGGAGGGCAUGAACGGGAUUCAGAAGUUCCAAAUCCACCGGGACGAUCGAUCCACCGAUCGAUUGCCCUGUGCACAUACCUGCUUUAACCAACUGGAUCUGCCCAUGUACAAGUCUUACGACAAACUGCGGAGCUGCCUGCUAAAGGCCAUACAUGAGUGCUCCGAGGGCUUCGGCUUCGCCUAAACAAGAACCUCAGUGGCCAACCGAGGAGCAAGCAAAGUAACCAGAACCAGCACCAGAACCAGCAACAAUGGACGCAACACUAUUCCUAAUACGCCACGCCACACGUGCAACACGACGAGAAAUGCAUAAUUGAUUUGAACAGAACAGAACAGCCACUGCAAAUGUGCGAUAGCGGCAACAGAAACUGCAUACAUACACAGUACAUAUAGUUAUAUAGUAUAUAUAAAAAUGUUGAAUUAAUUAUUAAUUUUUCGCGCCUAUAUAUAUACAAUAUAUAUUUUCUUAAAUUUUCAAAAGAAACGGAAAAAAUCUAAGGAAACCUAAAAAAAAACAAAAAAAAAAAGCAACCCUAAAAUAACUGAUACAAAAGCUGAACAAGCAUAUUUGAUUUAAAUUUAUCUGCGUAACUCAUUCUAUUAUAAUUUUUUUUGAAAUCAAUCCCUGUCGUUUUGCACAUUUUCAUUAAAAAAAGGAUUUAUAUAAAUGAUAACACAAAUUUUUAUUUACAUAAACACGAAACCGAAUAGCAAAGGAUUAAACGUAGUAUAUAGAACGCAAAUGCACAUAAACACACAGAUUAUACACUUUGGUUUCUUGUUUACUUAAGUGUAUUUACCGAAGAUAAACGGGGGAAGUAACGGAAAAUAUUUAAAUGGAUUAAAGUAUUUUGAUAUAAGAAAUAAGUCCUUAUGUUAUGCAUUUUAAGUUUACCUUUGAAAUAAUGAGCCGCAGAUGUAACUUAAAGAAUGUGGAAUAAAGUAAGAGUAAGCUCAUUUAUCAUAAUACAUUUUCAGAAGUCA